GGCCGGGCACGGACGGACCGACUUGUCCCCAGCUACGCAUUGUUGCAGUCGCCACUCGCGCGUCGUCCGCCCGCUCGUCCACACGCCUGGGCUGCUCGUGCUCCUGUCCAGUUGUACGUACGUACUGAGGAGCUUCCACAGCGUUCCACAGACUUCUCUCGUCUACCUACCUUUCUAGGUGGAGCCGGAUGGUCCGUGCCGGGUGUGCGCGGGCCCGGGCAAGGCCUGCUCGCGCUGCUACGUUGACUACUACUGCGGGUCGCAGCACCAGCGGCAGGACUGGCUGCGACACAAGGCUGGAUGCGGGGCCGUGCAGCUCGCGGGGGACAGCGGCGUGAUGGUGGCCACCAAGGUUGUCCCUCCGGGCACCGUCAUCUUCAGGGAGCUGCCCGCGGUGGUCUUUCCCAACCUCGCCAGCAACUCUCUCUGGAUGGUGUGUCGUGGUUGCUGCCGAGAAAUAGGAGUUUUUGGCGUGGCGCCAUUCGUCCAAUGCUCUGAUUGCGGCCUUCCGCUCUGCAAGUCGGAAUGUGACUUCGAUGGUACCCAUCGAGACGAGUGUGAACUUCUUCAGCGUGCAAGCUAUAAGUUCUCCAAACGUGAAUGAAGCAAGAACUCAAUGAUGCCAUGUGGUCUAGCAGCCGAGAUUGGGUUGUGGAGAAGUUGGGCCUGGACAUCAGCGAGGAGAAGCUGAAGCAGGCCUUCCGAGUCGCAAACCUGGCGACAGUUAAUUUACCUACGUCGAACGCCCCGAAGAUGGGGCCAUUCAAGAUCAUGGGGGCGAUGGUCGUGUACGCGGGCAGAUCUAUGGUCAGUCAUGGUUGCAUCACCAAUGUGUACUUCACGCGCCUUGAAGAGGACGUGAUGGAGACGGUGCUCGUGUCCUCGCGCGAGCUCAAGGCGGGUGAAGUGCUGGUUAUGGACCACAAUGCAAGGUGGUUCAAAAGCGCCGACUAUAGGCGCACUUGGGCGUCGGAACACGGUGUACCCUGCCCGCUCUGCGCUGACCCAGCCACUCUGGGGCUGCACCUAGACUCGUGGACCUGCACCCGGAAGGGCUGCAGAGGCCUCGUCGUGCCGUUGCGCGGUGCCGACUCUCCGGACGAGGGCGGGCGCUGCCAGUCGUGCGGGCUGGGCAUGAGCGCCGAGGAAAUGGAGUCCGCCGCGUGGGAGGCGCGGCGCGCCCUGGAGGCCCUGGAGGAGGCGGGCUCGCUGAUGAAGGCCUCCACGGGGGAGCGCAAGGGCGCCCCGUCGCUCAGGCAGUGGGAGAGGUUCCUGCACCGGUACGAGCGCCCGCGGGGACCCCUUCACCCCAUGCACUGGAUCGCACUCCGGGCCAAGAAGGAGCUGAUCUUCACCGUAGCUGGCUGCCUCGGCAACAUGAACCGGGAUCACAAUACAGAGGAGCUAGUACGCUGGGAGGGUGCGUUUCGUGACGUAUUGCGCGCUUUGGAUGUGCUGGCACCAGGAUACAACAAUAUGAGAACAAAUAUUAAUAUGCAGCUAGUGAAGCUUCUCUGCAUAAGAUUGAUGCACCUUCACAAGGAUGGUCUUCGAGGUCGCAAGCUUCAGGUAUUAUACGACGAGGCAACAAGUGUUUUAAAAGACAUUAAAAAACUUCCGAGGACUGUUGAACUCCAGGAGGAAUACGCCGCUAUGGAAUUCAUCUGUGAAACAGUCACCACCCUACUGUAAGCCCCUGUCUACGUUCUCAUGUUAGAUUUUGAAAUAAAUAUGAAUUCUCUGAAUAAACAAACUUAUCUAGUUUAAA